CUUAAUUCCUUUAUACUUGGAUUAAAAGGUUAGCUUUUUCUGUCUUUUGGGAAAGAAAUGAAGUAGAAGAUUUGUCAUAUGUGAUCCUUGUGGGCUCAGAGAGUAACAUUGCUGGUGCAUGGUAGAUUUGAUGGCUUCACAUUUGUUCCUCUAUCUUGCUUGCUGUGCAUAAGAUUCUAAGUGACUUCUUUUGCUUUUUAAUCUCUUGAUCUAAAGCUGCCAAGGGCAGUUGUUCCUUGUUGAGUCCUGCAAGUAAUUAUCAGUCUCAAUUCUUUACCUGAAGAAAAAGUUACCUGUGUUCCCACAGCAUCUGUUUGAACCUUGAAUUCCUUCCUUCUUAUUAAGCUUGAGCAUACAUAUUGUUGCAAGUUGCCAGUGCUCACAGAUGUAUUCCAUUGGUACAUCUUCGAUUGCGAUAGCUUCCGAAGAGUAUUCGGGAAACAAUUGGGAUACCCUCACUGUGGUCCAAAGGAUGAACUUUACUGAGGCUAAUAGAAUCUCCGACAGCAACAGCAGGUUAACACAAGAUCAAGAUCUCAGUGGUUUGGUUGCUGGUGCUGCUAUGCUCUCACCCUGUCGCAAUGGAAGAUCUCGUGAAGGCAUGAGUUGCAUCAAGGGGAACAAGACGGAAAUUGCAGCUGGAGGUGGGAAUUUACCUUGCCAUUCUCCAGGAAAUACUAGUUUUCAAUAUGCAAAGUCUGAAGAGCAACAAGAUGUUUCAGUUGAGCGUUUCAAAGAUCCUCCAGCGAAAGAUGAGAAGAAGCAGAAGAAUGAAUUGAACCCUGGAAGAAGCAACCAUAAGUCAAGCAGUAAAAAUAAUGAAGUUUCUGAGAAUGUUGACGUUUGGAAGGAUGAUUAUAUCCAUGUUAGGGCCAAGAGAGGCCAGGCCACCAACAGUCACAGCCUUGCUGAAAGAGUUAGAAGGGAAAAGAUUAGUGAAAGAAUGAAACUUCUUCAAGAUCUUGUUCCAGGAUGCAGCAAAAUAAAUGGAAAGGCUAUGAUUCUUGAUGAGAUAAUCAACUAUGUACAGUCGUUGCAGCACCAAGUCGAGUUCCUUUCGAUGAAGCUUGCGGCUGUUCAUCCAGAAAUGAGCUUUGAUCUAGAGCAAAUUCUUCCAAAAGAUGUUCUUCAGUCGUGCUACAGCGGAUCGUCUGUCCUUGCAUUUGGUCCAAGAAUGAGCAACUGCCAGUCGGCCUUGUAUUCCUCCACCUAUCAAAGGAUCUCUCAACCUGAGGUGCCUUACAUUGCUCACACUUCAGAGGAAUUGCAGCAUGCUUCCUUUUUACAAGUCCCUCACUUGUAUCAGCACUUGCCUAGUCCAUGGCAGGAUGAGCUCCGCCGCAUGAAUCUCUUACCUAGCGAAGCUACCGCAGACCGACCACACUGGUAGGUGGCUAUUAUGAGAUCUUGUGAUUACUCAUGCAAAUGUUCCGAUGGCACACAGUUCUAAAGCUAUAGCAGUUACCCUUCCAACCAAUUGCAUAC